GAAGGGGUGUGUGACGCAGUCGCCGUCGCCUCAGGCGCGGUCUGGUUCAGACCUGACGCCCCGGCGCCCGACAGUGCGCUGAGACGGCCUGGCCUCAGUUUCCCCGCUUCGGAAGAGGAGGAGCCAUGCUGUCCUGUUUCUUGUUCCUCUCCAAACAUAUCAACACUUCGCUGGUGUCUCUGCGCAGCGCGCGCCGCGGCUUUGCGCUCUCGCCGCGCUGGCUCCCGGGGAGCCCCUCGGGCCGCCAGACCGCCGCCCCCCGCCGCCCCCUGGUGGCAGCCGCCUCCUCCGGGGACCCAGCCGGGCCCGCCUCCGCCCCCUCCCGGGUGCGCCAGAACUUCCACCCCGACACCGAGGCCGCCAUAAACCGCCAGAUCAACCUCGAGCUCUAUGCGUCUUACGUGUACCUGUCCAUGGCCUAUUACUUCUCCCGAGAUGACGUGGCCUUGAACAACUUCGCCAGAUAUUUCCUUCGCCAGUCCCGGGAGGAGACAGAGCACGCGGAGAAGCUGAUGAGGCUGCAGAACCAGCGAGGAGGACGGAUCUGCCUGCAGGACAUCAAGAAACCGGACCAAGACGACUGGGAGAGCGGGCUGAAUGCCAUGAAGUGUGCUCUGCUCUUGGAAAAGGAUGUGAACCGGUCGUUGCUGGAAUUGCACACUCUGGCCUCAGACAAAGGUGACCCCCAUUUGUGCGACUUUCUGGAAACCCACUAUCUUAAUGAGCAGGUGAAGUCCAUCAAAGAACUAGGUGACCACGUGCACAACUUGGUUAAGAUGGGGGCCCCAGAUUCUGGCCUGGCAGAGUACCUUUUUGAUAAACACACACUUGGAAAUGAAAACAACUAGAACUAAGCCGCAGGGUGCCUUCCCCACCGCCCAGGGUGUGCCAGGAGCCAGAGUCAGCUGUCUCCUGCUUUCUUGCCCUUAAAAUGCACCUCCACCUUUAUAUUCUUCUGCUAUACUCUUCCUCCAAUAAAGUAGAGAAAAUGUCUUUAGCCCCAUGUUAACAAGGGCAUUUUUCCCAGAUCAAGAUACUUCUCCCAGCCUGAAAGGUAGCCCAGGAUGCUAUGGUACAAAAUAGACUGCAAAGAAGCUACUGAAAGAAGAUGCAAACUAACUUUCUCCAGUUACCAAAGAUUAUUCCAGGCCAUGAACCUUCAUAAACUUUUGGGAUUUUCAACUCAACAGGUGUCUGUUAUUUUCAAGACCUUAUGCUAAAAGCUAAAGUGGGGAAAAUGUGUAAGAUAUACAAAUAACUAUAACAAGAUAAAGAGUAUA